AGAAAACCGGAGCUGCAAUCGGCAUGCGUGAUUUCAAAAACCGACCUAAAGCGACUUGGUCGGUUGGAUGGAGCGAAACUGGUGAAAAAUGUGUAAUAUCAUGUCGACCAGCGCGCGCAACUCUGAAGACAUGCUCUCAGGCUAUACUACGGGCGGGCACAUUGCCAAAGCAGAUCAAAUUGGCAAGACAAACGCUGUGAAUACUGAAGAAAUUAUGUGACAUGUUUCCAAGUUAGUCAAUCAACACUACAAUGUUGACCGUUGUUACAUUGAAGUAAAACAAUGAUGAAUGGGGUUUUUGUGGAAGUGUGAUUUGAAUAAUCAAACAGCCGGAGGUGGAGCCGGUGAUUCAACCUAAGCCGAUCUACAUAUCUUCUGCUACCAUCAGGAUGGGAAUAGAGAAGGCAACCAACUGGGAGGAAGGCGCUGCAGCUUUGAAAGAAUGGCUUACAACGCAACCGCAUCUACCGCAGAAUAUCCACCCGCUUCUACUGCAACGGUACAUCCACUCAACCAAAGGAGAUCUGGAGUACGCAAAAAAGAUUUUUAUUCAUGGGUUUACGAUCCGGCAGAAGAAUCCGCACAUAUUUGCCAACCGUGAUCCACUGGAGCCGAAAGUACAGCAAGUGCUACAGGCAAUUGAUAUGGUGCCUCUGCCUUCCAUUGAAGGAUGUGAAGACAAAUUUGUAUUUUAUCGGCUGGUGGAUUGUGAUCCAGAUAAAUUCCACUUCAAUGAUGUUAUUAGAACGUUUUUCAUAAUAGCCGACAGCCGUCUAGUGCAACCGGAUGUCCCAAUGAACAACGGAGGUGAUAUUCCGAUUUUCGAUAUGACUGGGUUCACGCUCAGGCAUCUUACGAAAGUGAUCCUCUCCACGUUGCGAGUGUACAUGAAAUACACACAGGAAGCACACCCAGUGCGACUGAAGGCGAUACAUGUGAUCAACUGCACUACCUUCUUGGAUCGAGUAAUGUACAUCGUGAAGCCGUUCAUGAAGAAACAAGUUGCUAACAUGUUGCAUUUCCACCUGCCAAACUCGGAAACGCUCUAUGAACAUGUUCCAAAGGAUGCCCUUCCAGAUGAAUACGGCGGAAAGCAAACAAUCGCUAAACAGAAAGCCGAAUGGUUCAAACGACUUGAAUCACUGAGGGAUUACUUCACCGACGAAUCUCGUUGGAAUAUUAACGAAUCACGGAAAAUUAACAACAACAAUAACAAUAACAAUGAACUUUGUGGUUCAUUGAGGAAGUUGGAAAUCGAUUGAGCAGUGCAAUUGGUAAUUGCCUACCCAAUAGCAUUUUAUAUCUAGACUUUGCAGUUUUUGUGUACUUACAUACAUAUGGUGAUACAAUACAGUAAAGAAUUAAGAUGAAAAUUGAAUACAUAAGCUUGAGUCUCAAAUUACAAAUUUAAUUAAUCCGAAAAACUCAGCAAUAAUGUUCUGUUGUCCAUUGUGUUACCACCCGACUUCAACAUGUACUUCGGUCUAUAGCCGCAACCAAGCAGUAGUGGUGGCUAUUGGUGGGUACUCGAUAUGCCCCGAUGAACAGACGUCACACUCCAGUCGCCUCCCAUAGAACGGUUGAUUCAAAUAUUCGGUAGUUGGUCAAUUGACCACUCGCGGUGCUGGCAUCCUGUUUGACGUUUCUCAGUGCCGCUACCUAGUGGUGGUCCGGCCAAUUACAGUACGAUUAUUGGGCGGUUGUGAUUUCGUAACCAUGUUUUUCAAUUGAAUUUGUUCUGAAUACAGUAAUGUUCCGAUUUUAUCACGCCCUCCGCACGUCAGUCCUUUAUUUUUCAUUAAUUAGCUGUUACAUUUGAGAGCAAGUGUUUCCCCGCUUCUUCAAGAUGAAUGUUGAAAGCGCGUUUUGCAACGUUAAAAAUAUUGAAAAUGUGUAUAGAGUUUGUAAAAUAUGUUGCAAACUUCCCGACCAGUAGAGCAAGGCUACCGUAUAGCAGGGUAAUUCGGGCACAAACACGGCAAUCAAAGCACCAACUCAAAGCUUAUUCAUUUAGACAACAUCUUUAUUUGGCUCCUAGCAUUGUGCCACCUAAACGCCUAAUCCUCUCUCUACGUCCUAGCUGUUUAUUCUUACUUAGAAACUAACAUUUGUCUCAUCUUUGUACUCACGCAUCGCCACCGAUCACAAACCUCGACCGCUCACUCGGGCCUCCUCGCCUGCCGGAUGCGUGUUCCCGGCCGACCCUACGGUCCGAUUCAUGAUUGGCGUCAACUCGCUCACCAAUCCGCUCCUCCGAUUACCGAUGCGAUCGUUGCUGCCUUCGAGCCUUUCGCUCCCGCGCCGGAAAGCUGGCUACCGCGUCCCGCCGAAAGCCACCGAGAACGUCUCAAGAUCGACGGUGCGCCGACGUCGGUGGUCACCCCCGCUCGGUCUGCCUGAUUGAUGUUGACGAAACUGGAACGAGAAAAAAGAGCCUUAUUUGACGAAGGCUCUUUGCUCCUGUCCUCUCGGUGUAUACGGAUCGUCACGGUUUCUUGCCUCUUCCGUCAGCGCUUGACCUCGGCUGAUCGUGCAAGAUGUCCCGCCGGGCGGCUGAAUGAUCUUCACUGGUGGGCCACGAUGCAAAACUGACACUCGUGCGGUUUGAUCUGCCAAUUGCACGGACGGCGAGUGCCACCACCGAGUUCACCGACGGUCAAACCGGGGGGAAACAGCGCUAAUCGCGUUCGGAUGUGCACGAAAUACGUCGAAUGAGGUGCAGUUUUCUCCAGAACAUGUGGCUUGGCAAUCUCGUGGUGGUGCAAAAUGGCCGCCUCCUUUUGUUGGCUGCACUAAGCGUCGGUCUCACCGAUGCAAAGGCCGAGUUCACCUUUUUCGUGUAACUGAAAUUGCCUCCAACAGCAAAUCAAUUUUCCCCUUUUUUUUUGAAGCUGGAUCCACUUCUACGCCCGUAACGUGAGCCACUACCGUUUCGACCGAUGGAUGCUUGCAAACUGCUGGCACUAUGAACGAUCGCGUGAUCAGCUCCCUCCGCCUGAUUGCCGGUGAUGGUAGUUGUGCUUGAGAAAAAAGCCUCCCUUUUUCUGGGAAUGAACAGUGCUCUCUCGAUGAACGUCGCUUGUGUGUAUGCUGCCGUCGAGCCGUACUGCAAUGUUUGCCUCUCUCGUUGCCGAGCUCGAUACUCAAUAGGUUGUCCCAAAAUUGCACAUGGUCGAAAAGCUUGGGGGCUCACCCUGCAAAUGAUAGCUAAGGGUGUUAGAAACAAACUUUUGUAUGAAGGCAACUUUCAAAAAUGACGUUUAGAGGUCGCCCCAGCGAGAUUUUUGAAAAAUGGCCAUUUUUCUUAAUAAAUUUCAUACAAAUAUUUUUCACCGUACAAAAAUUGGCAAUAUCCACUAUUUUUAUAUUUUUUGCAGCUUCAUAUGGACCCAAACUACUUGGAAAAAAUAAUUAACGACAUGUUUUGCAAGUAACUUUUUGAUACUAAAUUUUUGAAUAUACUAAAAUUUGUCAUUUUUUGAAAUACUUUGCAUUUUACCCAUCAUAAAAAGUAUCAGAACUUAAUGCUAAUUUAAAACAAUUUCCAUAAAAAGAUCGGAAAUUUUAUGAGGAAAAACUUUGCCGAAGACAGCAUUGCGUUUUUUCUAUCCGUUUUGAAGUUAUUCACGAUUUACUAUUUGGUGAAAUUUGGAUUUUUAGGUAUUUAAAAAAAACAAAAUUCACAAAAGAACUGCCCAGUAAAAAAUCACGUAUGCUCAACAAGUUUUUGUCUUGAUUGUGUUUAGGAAUUAUGGUGGCAUCAUUCAUUGAAUUUUUGUUUCCGUUGACAAAUCCAUUUUCUUUGAUACAGAAAGGUACCUACUAGCGAGAAACUUUAUCAUUAGAUACCAUUUUGAGGUGCCUCAGUAGGCCAUGGCAUUUUUAACGGUUAUGUACUGACAAUGGUUUAUACGAGCAUAAUACACAAUCAAAUGCACGGCACAUUUUCUAUACCAUUUAUUUUCUUUUUUUUUUAUUGUUCAAUGAUGUUGUUCUAAUCGUUCAAAGACAUGAAUAAAACGUUCUAGUAGUCCCUAUUUAUCAUUUUGAUCAACAUAUAGGACGAUAAAAAUGACGUCACUUGUUUAUGUCCAAAACUGUUGUUUACCAAUCAUAGCCUACCUUGUCUUAUUGUAUGCCGUGUAUGUGUUAUGGUAAUCAAAUUGUUCUAACCUUGGAUAACAUUACGUUAACUCACUGGUUCAUCUCAUCCCACCCGUUUCAAUUUGCCUCGAUGUAUCUUAUUUUCGGUGUUGAUAAGAUAGUUCAAAUCAGUAGAUGUAAAAAAGACAUGCCCUGCUUUUCAGAAUGCAUAGAAUUGGAACUUAGUAUCUAAAAAUUGGUAUUCUUACGUAAGAUGUUCGUAAUCGCGAUUUCAAUUUAACAUGGACCAACGUAUUCGCCUUUAUGCACUUUGCCACUGUUUCCUGGGCUGUUUCACUGGUCCAGGACUCAUACGUCUUCAUGUAGAAAAAUAAUUGAGAAUAUCGACAGGAAAGUAAGAUAAACGUGAAAAUAUGGCUCAACAUUUUGUGGAGAAUAUCUUCAAAAAAUCAAUAGGCUGUACGAAGCUUGUCAGGAGAGCUAGCUUUUUAAGAAAUCUUUGCUAGUUAAUUUCUAUAUGAAGGGAUUGAAUAACAAAAAAUAAAAAUCGAAUAAUGAUGUCAUCAUAAUUCCAUAACACAAUCAAGACAAAAACUUGUUGAGCAUACGUGAUUUUUUACUUUGUAUGUGAUUUUGGGUAGUUCUUAUGUGACAUUUUUAGAAAAAUCCUAAAAAUUCAAAUUUCACCAAAUAGCAAAUUGUGAAUAACUCUAAAACGGAUAGAAAAAACGCAAUGCUGUCUUCGGCAAAGUUUUUCCUCAUAAAAUUUCCGAUCUUUUUAUGGAAAUUGUUUUAAAUUAGCAUAAGGUUCAGAUACGUUUUAUGAUGGGUAAAAGGCACAGUAUAUCAAAAAAUGACAAAUUUUAGUAAAUUCAAAAAUUCAGUUUCAAAAAGUUACUUGCAAAACAUGUCGUUAAUUAUUUUUCCCAAGUAGUUUGUGUCCAUAUCAAGCUGAAAAAAAUAUAAAAAUAGUGGGUAUUGCCAAUUUUUGUACGGUAAAAAAUAUUUGUAUGAAAUUUAUUAUGAAAAAUUGCCAUUUUUCAAAAAUCUCGCCGGGGCGACCUCUAAACGUCAUUUCUGAAAGUUGCCGUCAUACAAAAGUUUGUUUCUAACACCCUUAGCUAUCAUUUGCAGGGUGAGCCCCCAAGCUUUUUGACCAUGUGCAAUUUUUGGGACAACCUAAUACUCAACGUAUCCGAUCGAGGCCUGCGUGAUCGGAAUGGAGUGCUUUGUGUGUGUGGUGUGCGGUGGUCAACAUGAGCGCGAGUUUCAGGAUUGCGAGUCGAUGAUGGUAGGCAUUACAGAGGUGCUUAAGUUGUUCUUGGCGGAACAAAUUUUUACUCAUAAGUCGGAGCAUUUACAAAUGGUCUUAUGGUUUAACGAAUUCCUAAUGGCACAGCUGCUAAUCACAAACUUAAACGUAACAAAUAUUCAAAAGCAAUUUUGAAAAGGGGCGUGAUAAAAUCGGAACAAUACUGUAUUACGUUUGUUUCGCUGUGCUUACACCAUAGAAGUUUGAAAAUAACACUAAUUUCGGAAAAGAUGUACAACACUACCCAUGGACAGCGGCAGCCAUCAAAGAUAUCUCGAUUGCAAAAUUAAACAUUAGAGAGCAUUUUGGCGACAUAAAAAGGAAACAAUAUUGAACUUUUGGUACACUAUCCAAAACACACAGGUGCAGCAAUAGAAACAUCCUUCACAGAAUACUUAACCCUGCAGGACGCGCGCCGUUAUAAAAAGUACAACACUACCUCGCUCGUCGUAUACAGCGCAAGUGUGGUGCAAAUUCCCCUCCAGAGACAGUCUUUUUAUGGGUCCCAGGUAACUGAGGUCGAUCCGAAUUAAUCCGAAUUAAUACCUGUUAAUGUCCGUCAUACCCGGACGAAACGAAGGGUUCGCCAGGCUCUUGGCCGAACAGUAACGGAAGCUAAUCGACGACGGCCAGCGGUAAAGUUGGCUAGAUAUGCCUGAGAGUGCUUACUUUCAAUCGGAUGCUCUUGAGUAACUAGAGUUCACACCCCAUGCAAUACUGUAACCGAUUCACUGUGGCAAUCACAUUGUUCAAAAGAUCAAUUGACCGUGGGAAAAGGAAAUGAGAAAUGAU